AUGUCGAGUAAUGCAGGACCAGCACGAUCAAGCGAAGUGACCUCCGUCAAGGAACCACCCAGCAGUGCCACCCUGAGCAAGAUUAAGCCCAGCAAGUACGUCCCUGUGUCGGCCGCCACCACCUUCCUGGUGGGGUCCAGCUCCCUGUUCUUCGUCUUCACGUCUCCCUGGUUGGCGCAGCACUUCUCUCUGGCUGUCCCGGUCUACAAUGGCAUUGUGUUCCUCUUUGUCGUCGCCAACUUCAGCAUGGCAACUUUCAUGGACCCUGGAGUCUUCCCCAGAGGUGAGGGGAAGGAUAAGGAAGAUGAUUUCCGUGCUCCACUCUACAAGACGGUUGAGAUCAAGGGGAUUCAGGUGCGGAUGAAGUGGUGCUCCACCUGCCGCUUCUACAGACCCCCGCGCUGCUCCCACUGCAGCGUCUGUGACAACUGUGUGGAGUUUGAUCACCGCCCAUGGCCCCCGUGACACAACUGCAUCGGGCGACGCAACUACCGGUACUUCUUCCUGUUCCUGCUGUCGCUCACGGCCCACAUCAUCGGGGUGUUCAGCUUCGGCCUGCUCUUCAUCCUGUACCACUCGGAGCAGCUGGGCAAGGUGCACUGUGCCGUCACUAUGGCAGUGAUGUGCGUUGCUGGGCUGUUCUUCAUCCCAGUGGCAGGGCUUACUGGUUUCCACCUCGUACUGGUGGCUAGGGGCCGAACCACCAACGAACAGGUGACGGGUAAAUUUCGGGGCGGAGUCAACCCCUUCACCAAUGGGUGCUGGAAGAACACGAGUCAUGUGCUGUGCAGCUCCCAAGCGCCCCGGUACCUGGGUCGUCCUCGGAAGGAGCAGACGAUCGUGGUGAAGCCCCCUUUUCUGAGACCGGAUCACUGCGACGGACAUGCCCCCCUGAAAGUGCUGGACAACGGGAUCCAGGCCGAGCCGAGCCACUCCAGGUCCAAGGGCAGCCUGGAGGCGAUGGAAAGCCAGUCCGCUGAUGCAGAGGCCCCCCCGCCCCCCAAACCGGAGCUGCACAGAUACACAGGACUGCGAGCGCAGCUCACUGUGAACACUGCUGAGGAGAGCAGCCUGCUGUCUCCGGACAACCCCGCCACUCCCAUGAUGUACAAAUACAGACCAGCUUACAGCAGCCCUGACAAGAACCACAGAGCACUGUCCCACUCCGCCAGCACCAAGAUGAGCCGCGGGGACAGCCUGAGAGAGCCCCCCUCCCUCCUGGAAAGCAGCCAGCAGACCAGUUACCACUCGGAGCCCAGUCUGGAUGGACUGAGCAGCUCCGCUUCGCCGGCCCCCCAGCCUGGGAACGGCACGGGGGCCCGCUCCUUCCAGGACCGCCUGUCGGGGGGCUCCAUCUCCUCCAGCCUGCGCUCCGCUCACACCCACCCCCUGGGCGGGGGUCCCAGCUUCGAAGGCGGGGGGCUGAGCUCGGUCCGCUCCGAGGGGACCACCUCCACCAGCUACAAGAGCCUGGCCAACCAGACCCCCCACAACGGCAGCCUGUCCUACGACAGCCUCCCCACCCCCUCGGAGAGCCCCGAAUUCGAGUCUGCCGCCCCUGAGCCACCUGCCCCGGCACCCCCGGGCCCGGGCUACAGCUCCCCGUUCCUCUCCGCCCAGAUCGCCCAGCAGAGAGAGGCCGAGCUGCAGCACUGCAAGCCCAGCUUCGCUCUUCCGCCUCACAGGGAAGGGCUGCGCAGGGCUCCAUCCUCGAGGGGCUACGAGGUCGAGGAGAGAGACAGGCUGCUGUCCGGUCCCCCCCAGCAGCAGAACCAGAGAGCACCCCCUCCCAGGUUCGGACGACCUGUCCUGCUGUCCUCUCCCCCCGGCGAGGGCGGACCCCCCCAGCACCGCCACCCUUCUCAGCAUUCAAUGAGAGCCAGGUCUCUGGGCUCCCCUGAGAAGGGGUACCACCACUACUCCCAGUUCCACCCCCACCUGCACCAGCAGCCCUCCCAAGGUGCGCUGGGCAAGUCCGCGUCCUACAGCAGCGGGCCGGGGGCGAUGAGGGAGGGGGGCGCGGAGUUUCAGCAGCAUCACCACGGCUACCCCUCCUCCGGCAGUCUGAUCCACGCUCCCAAGGACGAGGUCCAGAUGAAAUCGUACAGCCGGAGUAACGGACAGCCUCGGCCACACCCCUUCUCCAGUUACCCUCCCAGUCACAGCUCCCAGCACUCCAGCAGCAGCAGCACUGGCCCCGCCUCCCCCGCGGCCCUGCCCCGCCCCCCGCCCGGCUCGGCCAGCCACAGCGCUCCCCUCAGCCCCGCCUCCAGGGGAGGGGGAGGAGUCAAGAAGGUGUCGGGAGUGGGCGGGACUACCUAUGAGAUUUCAGUGUGAGAGAGGACAGACAGACACCGCGCAAAACAACCCAAAAAAGAGACGCCUUGUUUUGAGAGAGUGGAGGAACUGUCGUGGUUUUGUUUAGUUCGUGUCUCAAAGGGCGUCCUGCGCAAUUUCCCAAGACUUGUUUCGAGAGAUCGGGAUUCAGAAGGAGUUGGGAGUUAAACAAAAAAUAAAAGACUUGAUACUUUU